CUCCGCCCGGGCAGGGUUUGAAAAUACAAGUGAAGAAGGGAGGAGACCGACAGUUAGUUGAUAACUUAGUUAACUAAACACUUUUAUUCAUACCUGUCCCUCGUUUACUUUAGAUAGAGUAAAGGUUUAAACUUCAGUGAUGUCUGGGGAGCUUGUGUGCUCAAUGCCGGAGGAGGUGAGACACGCCGAGACAGAAAACAGCGUAGAAAUCACCAUCAAACUGACCAGCGAAGAUCCACUGAAUGAUCCCGAUCAUAAUGUCAACCAGCAGACAGAAGGACAGACAGAGACCGUCUGUAAUGAGAUCAGACCAAACCACAGUCGGGUUUCUAAAGAGUUAUUUCGGACUGAAGAAGAAGAUGAUGAUGAUGAUAAUGAUGACGACAGCGGCACCCAUUAUCUGAAUAGUAAUGAGAGGCCAUGUACUCAUCUACAGCGAGCAGAGAGGCCAGGAAAUGGAAAAGUGCCGGACACCUUCCAGACAGACCAUCUUCUGUACUAUGAGAGAUUCAAAGCAUAUCAAGAUUACAUGCUUGGUGACUGUAAAACAUCUGAAGUAGAAGCCUUCACAGCCGAGUACCUGGAGAAGAUAGUGGAGCCAUGUGAUUGGCAAGCCAUAUGGCACACGGAUGUGUUUGAUGUGCUGGUUGAAGUUGUUGAUGUCGAUUGUAAGGAGCUCAAGGCAAAGGUGGAGCUGGUGCUGCCGAUGGAGUGUGAGACCAGAGGAUGCGAUCUUACUGAAGAGUCCAUGAAGGUCCUGCUGGAGGCUACACUUCAUAAAGUGUCUCUUCUGGAGCUCUCGGUUGUCUAUGAUGAAUCCAGGGACUUUGAUCAGACUGCUUUGGCCCUGGAACACCUCAGGUUUUUCUAUAAGCAUAUCUGGAGGAAGUGGGAUGAGGAAGAUGAGGACGAUGACUUUGAUUACUUUGUUCGGUGUGUGGAGCCUCGUCUUAGGCUGUACUAUGAUAUCUUGGAGGAUCGCGUUCCAGCUGGUCUUGUAGCUGAGUAUCACUCGACACUGGCACUCUGCUCUGAGAAGUUUCAGGAGUUUUCUAGCCUGAGAAGUGGCCUGGACAGUGACUCAGAGUCUGAGCAAGACAACGUAUCCAUGGUGGAAGGACUGCGCCUAUAUGAGCAGCUGGAAGCUCUUAAGCGCAAACUGCGUAUUAUUGAAAACCCGCUGCUUAGGUACGUUCUGGGCUACAAGGUGAACUCUGGUCAGCAGUCGUGCAGGGCAAAGGGGCCACGUCCCGCUGGCGGCAGAGUAGUUCACUUGGUAUCUGCCUUGGCCACAGUUCACCAGCUUCAAAGCUUGAUAACUGACAAACUGAUGCCCCACUAUUCAAGUGAAGAGUUUGAAGUGCAGACUGAGGAAAAACUACAGGAUUUGGACCACUUUAGUCUGCAGUCUGAACAAAGCCUAGUUUCAAGCCGAUACGGUCUGCCGGACGAGGUGGUGAUCGAGAAGCGUAACAAGGGUGACACUUUUGUGGAGUCAACAGGAGCAAACGUCAAACUCUCAAAUCUAAAGUUCAUACAGCGCGACGCCAUUGAAGGCAUCUUGUGUGUUCGCCAGGGGAAGCUGGAAAUGGAAAAUUGUGUGAUGCAGUGUGAGACCACAGGUGUGAUUGUGCGAUCGGCGGCCCAGCUCGGCAUGAACAUGUGCGACCUGUACGGCUCCAAGGGUGCCGGUGUGGAGAUCUACCCUGGGAGUGUAUGCAGUCUGGUGGGCAAUGGCAUCCAUCACUGCAAGGAGGGGAUCCUGAUUAAGGAUUUUGCAGACGAGUUGGACGCCAUGCCUAAAAUCACCAUGGUGAAUAACGUGAUCCACAACAAUCAGGGCUACGGUGUUAUCUUGGUCAAGCCAGGUGAUGCUGCCGUGGAGGAUCUUCCCGCAGAGCCCAAUGCCGCAGAUGAGAAAGAGGAAGAAUCUGAGGACACAGGAGUAAAAUCAGAGGCUGAUAUAGAUGAUGAUGAUGAUGGUGAUGCUGAUGAUAAUGUGCCUGUCAUUGUUGUGGAGGAAGAGUGCCCAGCCAUCCAACAUGGUCACUCAAUCCCUCCAGACUUCACUGAGGGAAAUUAUGCCAUCAAACAAGAGUUGGUUGCCACAUCGGCCAAGAAACACAGGCUUCAGAAGAGCCGGAUGAAAGCACUAGGGGCCAUGCAGGCUGAUGAGAAUCUACUCUCACAGGAAAUGUUCAUUUCCAUUCAUGGAAAUCAGUUUAAGCACAAUGGAAAGGGAAGCUUUGGUACCUUCCUGUACUGAAGGCUUCUCUACGGCAAGCAUGCACAGACACACUUUAGUGUUUAAUUAUUUAUUCAGUGUUUCUUCAAUUUUGCUUCGUUUAUUUUGUGAGCUUUCAUUAAUUACUGUGUGAGUGAAAUGCCAAAUGAAUUAAAUGUGCUAAAAUGUGUAGCCUUUUAAACUUUCUAUUUUUAUCCUGUGACUUUUUGAAUGUAUUUUUUGUUUAUCAGAAAGUUUUUAAACACUGAAACACUUGUACAUAAAAUAACACAAAAGAGCGGCAUCUUGGAAAUUUUGUUCACAAUAUCUCAUGUUUAAGAACAAACAUGUUCAAAGACACUUUUUGUUUUUUUUUCCUUGAGAGUUUACACUGUUCAUGUUUUGUCCACACUCUAGUUUAAUGGUUACUAUAGUCACUAAUAAGCACUAAAAGCAUUUAGUCACUAAAAAGCAGAAGCAGUCAUACUUUUUUUUCUUAAUUGUCUCAUUAUAUUUUGUAGAAAUAAAGACGUUUUAUUCUUCCAAAUUGCAAAAAUCUGCUUUAUGUAGUUUACUCUAUAAACAAAAAAGCAUGGAAGAGUAAGAGAGUUACUGGUUUUGCCGGUGUUUAGGCAUCCCUUUUGUGAAAAAUUAAAUCCCAUUUAUUAAAUUACC